AUGAGAGGAAGUUAUCGGUUGCCUCUUGUGCCCUUGUUGCUUCUGUGGGCCGUUUGCAGCAUGGUGCAGGUGCAAGCGGAGGUCAAGGCGGUCAAGCUCUGUGGCCGUGAAUUCAUCCGGGCCGUAGUCUACACCUGUGGAGGCUCCAGGUGGAGAAGGCUGCUUACACCCCAAAAUGAUGUGUUUUCUCUUGCAGAGCAGAGCAGUGAUGAGGACCUGAGUGAGAGCACAGGGUUGGAUCUGUCAACACGAGACCUGAACCCCAUGAUGACCAACGUAUGCUGUCAGGUGGGCUGCCGAAAGAGUGACCUUUCUCUCCUGUGCUGA